AUGUCUCCUUCGCCAAAGCGAUCGCUCGAACGAUACGACAACGGCGAACUUCGCUUUCAAGGAUGCUGCGAUAUCGAAGAGUAUAAAUCCCUUGGAAAACUGGGAGAAGGCACUUUUGGACAGGUAUACAAGGCUCGCUACCAAAAAACGGGGGAUCUGUUUGCCAUGAAAAAGACUCUUAUGCAUAAUGAUAAAGAUGGAUUUCCCAUCACUGCAUUGCGAGAAAUCAAAUUACUCAAAAUGCUGUCACAUCCAAACAUUUUGCAGUUAAAAGAAAUGGCAAUUCAGAAGAAACCCGAACAAAAGAAGAAACCAUUCAUGUUCAUGGUGAUGCCUUACAUGGAACACGAUCUAUCAGGACUACUCGAGAACCCGGACGUCAAAUUCACAGAGCCGCAAAUAAAGUGCUACUUGCUGCAAUUACUGAAAGGUGUCCGUUACUUGCAUGAGAGCGGGGUUCUUCAUCGAGAUAUGAAAGCCGCGAAUCUUCUUAUCAGCAACGACGGGAUCCUUCAAAUAGCAGAUUUUGGACUCGCACGUCCGUAUGAUGAGCAGCCUCCACAGCCUGGCAAGGGUGCGGGCGAAGCGAGGAGAGACUAUACUCCACUUGUGGUUACGAGGUGGUACAGGCCGCCUGAACUACUUCUACAGCUGCGGCGAUAUACGACAGCUGUUGAUAUGUGGGGAGUAGGUUGUGUCUUUGGUGAGAUGUUUAAAGGAAAGCCAAUACUUGCCGGUACAAGCGAUCUCAAUCAAGCAAAUCUUAUAUUUGCACUUGUUGGGUCUCCAACGGAAGAAAAUAUGCCGGGAUGGAGCUCGCUACCUGGAUGUGAAGGUGUCAAGGAAUUCCCGUAUAAACCUGGAAACUUAGGCACAUAUUUCAGAGACACCCUUACUUCACUAGUCCCCCGUAUCCGGCUGAACCUGGUCAACUACCUCAUUACGAGGACUCGCACGAACUUGACCGCCGAAUUCGUCCCAAACCCCAGCCUGCUCCAGCAGGAAGAGCGGCAAACAACUCCGGUCCUCGUUCUGGGACAGGUCAAGGAAGCCGUGUCCCCAGUAUGCCACGGGGAGCCUAUGGCUCCAGAAACAACACGGGCGGAUUUCGACACAAUGCUGAUGAUUCAUUACCUCCAAGACCUCCUCAAUCAUCACAACAACAAUGGCCACCAAAUCGCAGAAAUGACAAUCGCGGUGAACGCUGGAGAGAUGGGCAUCAUCCUUCCUGGACCGGAAAUCGCGGCGGUGACGGUAGAAAUGACGCAUAUGUUCCGAGAUACGAUGGGCAGCAUGGGACUGGCCCAGAUGACGGGCGUUAUGGUAACCGGAGAGAUGGCCACAAUUCCAUGA